CAUCACAGAGAGGGAGAGAGGUGGUGGAAAGCGAGUGGUUGGUGCAGACGUAGAAGAGAGAGGAGAGGAGCAGUUUCCAUCCCGCUCUGGGCGCAACCUCAUCCAUCAAUCCAUGGGAGCAGAGACAUUACCCUUUCCUCUAUAGUGGAGAUCAGUCUGAGUCCAUCUCCUGUGCGUAAAACACCGAGGACAGCCUGGAGUCAAGAAGUGCGCCAGGACGGAUCCGGAGAACACGGGUCUAUACCGACCGCAGAGGAAGUUUCUGCUCUGCCUGAUUGUUAUCGCCAGAGUGAUUUAGUCAUUUGGUUUGCUUGACUUUUGAUCUCCGUGGUUGGAGAGGAGAUGGGUCACCGCCAGACCUGAGGACAUUUCUGGAUUGUGAGUGUACGGUUAGGCUACCGUGGACCGGAGAGAGAGAUGAAGUUCGGUAAGAAGAGCGUCUGUGUAUUGAACGUGGGGGGUACCCGGUACGCAUUUCCUGGCGAGGUGAUCCGUGAUUUCCCACUUCAGCGCGUGAGCCGCCUGCACGCCUGUGUCACGGAGAAGGAAGUCCUCGAGGUCUGCGACGACUACGACCAGGAUAGCAAUGAAUUCUUCUUCGACCGGCACGCGCAAGCCUUUGUCUUCAUUAUGCUCUACUUGCGCUCCGGAAAGCUCCGAUUCGUCCCGGGAGUGUGCGCGCUCUCCUUUUACAGCGAAAUGCUGUACUGGGGGCUUGGGAGCGCGCAUCUGGAGUUCUGUUGCCAGCGGAGACUAGACGACACCGGUUACUCCGAAGAGGACCUGAUUAUGCGCGCGGAGGACAACGAGUCCCGGAGCGAGGUGGAGGUGGAGAAAGGAUCAGGGUGGCUAGAGUGGAUGCGUCGGACCUUCGAGGAACCGGGGUCAUCGGUGGCGGCUCAACUCCUCGCUUUGCUGUCCGUCAUCUUCGUCAUCGUCUCCAUGGUGAUGCUGUGUAUGAGCACGCUGCCAGAUUGGAACACGGCAAAACACAACACGGUGGAAGAGCACAGGAUUGUGGAGGCGGUGUGUAUCGGUUGGUUCACAGCGGAGUGUGUGGUGCGUUUCCUCGUGGCUAAGGACAAGCUGGUCUUCCUGUGUCGGCCGCUGAACCUGAUUGACGUGGCGGCCAUCACACCUUACUACGUUUCCAUGGUGAUGCCAGGCGGAGCAGGGGGAUUGUCAGGCGUCGCCGGGGUAACCCUGAGGGUUCUGAGGAUGAUGCGUGUGUUCUGGCUGGUGAAGCUGGCCAGACACUUCCUGGGACUGCAGACUCUGGGGAUGACGCUACGCCGCUGUCGUCACGAGAUGGCCACCCUCGCCAUUUUCCUUACCGUUGCCACGGCAAUAUACAGCGCAUUGGCUCAGCUGCUGGAGCAUGGCCUCGACCCUGACCACCGUAACCUUGACGACCGCAGUAACAGAGGAGGAGACUAUGCCAGCAUCCCAGCUGCCGCAUGGUGGGCUGUCAUCUCCAUGACGACCGUUGGUUACGGUGACGUUUACCCGGUAACGGUUGGUGGGCGCAUGCUGGGCGGGCUGUGUGUGGUCAGUGGCAUCGUUCUUCUGGCAUUGCCAAUCACAUUUAUCUACCACAGCUUUGUUCAGUGUUACAACGAACUGAAGCUCCGCUCCGCUAGGUACACACACACACACACACACUGAAUAUACAGACAGACGGACGGACGGACGGACGGACGGACGGACGGACGCACGCACGCACGCACGCACGCACGCACGCACGCACGCACGCACACACACACACACACACACACACACACACACACACACACACACACACACACACACACACACACACACACACACACACACACACACACACACACCCUCUCAUAUUCUACAGCUUUGCCCAGCUGCCUAGUUGAACUGACCCCUUCGGUCCCUCCCCCUGAACAUGGAACUUUAAUGAACUAAUAGACUUUUGGACGUCCCUCGUGUCUCCACCAAUCCUGUGCCGCCAUCUGGAAGCAGGGUAGAUGACAGAAGACACACAAAGACCAUAAGUCCAUGUUUGCAUCAUAUCUCCAUGGAAACUACUUUCGCAGAGACAGCUUUUCCCAUUUGUGUAGGUUUCAGUCUGAAAUAAAAAAAGAGAGAGACAAAGAGAGGAUGAGAUGGCCUGACAGAGAUGAAAGAAACAGACAAAGACAGUCGGCAUGAGCUCAGCAUAAAAGAUCAACAGAGACUGUGUGUGUGUUUGUGUGCGUGUUUGUGUGUGUGAAUUUCUAUUGAUUUUCUCUUAGCAAACUACAAAGUGACAAAUUAUGUGUUUCUGGUCUCUAUGGGCAACAGGUUCCUCACCUAGUUCAGUUACUAUAUGACUGUCAAUCAUAGCUGUGACGCUACUGCUCACACGCACGCACACACACACACACACAUACAGGCACACACACACACACACACACACACACACACACACACACACACACACACACACACACACACACACACACACACACACACACACACACACACACACACACACACACACACACACACACACACACACACACACACACACACACACACACACACACACACACACAGCAGGCUGUUCAGACCAUAAACUGUAGCUACAGGAUUGUUAACGAGAUAUGUGAUGCUCCCUACCCGUUACAGAUUGGCUAAUGGAAAGCCUCACAAAUCAUUUUUCAAUUAACCUGUUCUUGGAGAUACUAUAAAGGAAGAUACUUUUUUUGUUCUCGAUUCAGUAAAAAAUGUAUCUUAGAAAUGUCCGUGCCCAGUUUCAAGUGGUUCUCCAAAAAACAGAGAAUAUUCAGAAAGAAAGUAAAUCCACUUUUUGUAUCGAGUGAGAAAUGCCUCUUGCAUCUUUGUUUUGAUCGCAAUGUGUGAUUUGCUGAUGUACUUUUGAAAAAAGUAUUUAUUUAUUUCACCAGGUAGGCCAGUUGAGAACAGGUUCUCAUUUACAACUACACAUGGCCGCGGCCGUGUCGCAUUAAAAACAACGAUUUAUUGCAAAGAUGUUGGGAAAUGCAAGAUGUCUGGCUGCUAAAAUGGUGAGGGAACUCCUCACUCGGUGCAAAACAUGAACUUAAUAUCUUGCUGAAUAUUCUCUGGUAAGAACAGGUUAGUUGAAAAAUUCCUUGCGAGGCUUUCCAUUAGCCAAUCUGUAACCGGUAUGGGGCAUCACAUAUCCCAUGAACAAUUGUGUAGCUACAUAAACCAUAGUUUCAGACUGGACACAGUUUUGCAGAUCAUUGGCUGCCUGUGCCUGUGCGUCGCUGUGAUUCUGAGAGGAGAAAUAUGUGAACCAAACACACACACACUCCCUCUCAUCUCCCUGUUCAUCCCUCUCUCGCUUCCUCUCAUCCGUCUCCAUGCCCCCCCCCACCCCUCAAUCCUUAUGUAGCUGCACUGUUAUUAGUGCUUUAUGAUUGCAAUUACAAAUGCUUAUAAGUUGAACACUCAUUAAAUCAUCCAACUUUAUUGGCAAGCUAUUUACAGUUGAAGAACAUUCUUUGCUUUUGAUAGGAAGCAUAUCUAGGUGCACUUAUUUAUAUCCCAAUGUUUAAUUGACAGUUAGCCUAAUA